AUGGGUAUGGCUGUCAACAAUGCCGAUGUCAACAAUGAGGAUAUCCCCGGAAAUGAUGAUUCAUUAGCGAUGGUAGUUGAUGCUCUAGAAUCCCAGCUAAGUUUAAGUGAAGAGAACAUUAUGGUUGAUAAGCCAAGGCUUAAUGAGGCGGCUGAGGCAGAAGAUGGAUGGACAGUUGUUGGAUCUAGGCGGCGCAGAGGUAGAAGGAACUAGGUUGGAACUCUGAAGAUCUAUUAUACUGUCUAUUUACAUGGUUUGUGUUUGUUUUUGAUUCUUUUAUUCUUCAAUCAUGUCUUUUUUCUAGGCUUGUUCUGCGUGCUUAAUUUUUGACUUGCACUCUGCUGUCAUGCAAGAGAAAUAGAGUUGUUGGGCAUUUUUGCAAUUCAUCUAAAUAGAGGCGUGUGUGAUAUUAUCAUGCCUCAGUUUUAUAUAUCAGAGAGCUGCAUGGGUUUUAGAAUGGCCAUCUAUCAUAACAGGG